CAGCCUUCAUGUAAGAAGGUGAGAGGUCACACCUACGUCAUCACUGCCGGCACUAUAGUUACAUUUAUGCUGGUCAACGUCUAGUGACGGUUCAGUCUGACUUGAGCAGUUGGAGGUGAUCCAUCCAGUUGUCUACACACUCUCACCAGUCCAGCACCUGACAAGAUGGGCAAGGAAAUCGACUUUGUCAACAGGGACCCCAACGGUCUUAACGACCACGUCAGAGUUUUGUUCGAUGAAGUUCUGGGCGAGCCUGACGGUGCUCACUCCAUCAACUGCUUGUGGAGCUGUGCCUACAAAUGCUUCAACUGCUGGAAGGGCUGUUGCUACAAAACCUUGACCCUGAUCUGUGGUAUCCCGCUUGCCAUCUGCUGGGGAUGUGAGUUCGCCUACAUCACCUUCUGGCACGUGUGGUACAUCACCCCCUGUAUGAGGGCCUACAUGAUCAACUGCGGCUGCAUGCAGAAGUUCUACGGCACUUGUCUACAAUGUUACCUUCAGCCCCUUUGUGAAGCCUACAGCUUCUUGUUUAGCAACAUCCGGGUAACCAACUAUUCGGGAUAAUCCAGGCGUGUGAAGAACAAAACCAACUUAAAACAAGAGUGGCUGCACUAGCCUGGAGAGUUAGUUUAGUGUGGAAGAGGCUACAAAAAUAUUUUUGAAAAACCUGAAAAUGAAAUCAAAAGGAAACGUUUUUAUAGUUUAAAAAUCUAUUUGGAGAAUUUAAAAAAAAAACUUUUUUCAAGACAUUUCGAACAAUUUGAAACGGGUCUUCCGCACAUAUCUACAGCUUGAAACUUUCUGUGAUAUUAUUUAUUUUAACAUCUAAAAAUAUUUUCAAGUUUCUUGGGGAUAAAAUGAUUUAUUGUAUUUGCUCAAAAAUAUUAAUUUUUAUUUAUUUGAUUUUUAAUUAGUACAGUAUGUGUUUUAAUUGCUAAAUUUAUUGGAUAAUUGACUUAUGAAAAGUUAAAUUUACAAAAGCUACUGUAAAACAAUGAGAUACCAGCUUACAUCUUAAUGUAAGAGAAAAUUCGUAGUGUACAUAGCUUUGUUCAUUGUUGCUGAACUUUAAACCUCCACAACAUUCCAAUAAAUUUUAUAUUAUUUUU